AGAUUCACAUCCUUCAUGAUUCUGCAUUAAACCGCACUCUAUAUCAACAAACCCGGGGCCUUUACCGAUCCUUUACACGCAAUCAUGGACAAUUCCGGCAAAGAGAAGGAGGCCAUGCAGCUGAUGGCGGAGGCGGACAAAAAAGUCAAAUCCUCGGGUUCAUUUCUCGGAGGGAUGUUCGGGGGGAAUCAUAAGGUGGAGGAUGCAUGCGAAAUGUAUGCCAGAGCUGCCAACAUGUUCAAGAUGGCCAAAAACUGGAGUGCUGCGGGCAAUGCUUUCUGCCAAGCGGCAAGACUUCACAUGCAGAUGCAGAAUAAACUGGACUCGGCCACCAGCUUUGUUGAUGCUGGAAAUGCUUAUAAGAAAGCAGAUCCUCAAGAGGCCAUCAACUGUUUAAACGCAGCCAUCGAUAUCUAUACAGACAUGGGAAGGUUCACCAUCGCUGCAAAGCAUCACAUGACUAUUGCGGAGAUCUAUGAAUCCGAGCUAGUGGAUAUUGAAAAGGCCAUUGCUCAUUUCGAACAGGCCGCAGACUACUAUAAAGGUGAAGAGUCAAACAGCUCUGCUAAUAAGUGUCUGCUGAAGGUGGGCUCGUACAGCGCUCAGCUGGAACAAUACCCCAAAGCCAUCGAGAUCUUUGAGCAGGUUGCAUCCAACACAAUGGAUAAUCCUCUGCUGAAAUACAACGCUAAAGAGUACUUUUGGAAAGCAGCUCUGUGCCACUUCAUCGUGGACGAAUUAAACGCAAAGCUCGCAAUUGAGAAGUAUGAAGGGAUGUUUCCAGCUUUCUCUGACUCAAGAGAAUGCAAGCUGUUGAAAAAACUAUUGGAGGCUCAUGAGGAACAGAACAGCGAGGCGUUCACCGAGGCUGUGAAGGAGUUUGACUCGAUCUCUCGUCUGGACCAAUGGCAGACCACCAUGUUGCUCCGUAUCAAGAAAACCAUCCAGGGAGAUUCUGGAGACCUGAAGUGAGGCGUCCUGGACGAAUACUGUGGCUUCAUAUCUAGUUUAAUUUCUUACCGUAUCGUAUGUUUGAGUGUGUGUGUGUGUGUGUGUGUGUGUGACAAUCUGGUUGAACAGUUCUGUAGUGAUACUACACUGUAAAAAGGAUCUGUUAAUGAACAGUUUCCGUAUUUUGUGAUGUUAAUUGUUUAUUGACGGUUGUGAAUUGCAUUAUGGGAUGUUGAUCUCUGCUCUGUCGACUUUUGAUGCUGAAAAUUCAACUCUACAGUUCAACAAAGUGACUUUUAUUGACAUUUUAGUAGUUUGAAAUAAUAUAAUGUAUAAUAAAUUAUAUAGAGAGAAACAACUUUGUGAAAUAUCAGGCUAAUAAAUGUACUGGCAGUUUAUUACAGGGCUUUUGUACACUAAAUUGUUUUUGGGUUAUUUAAUUAAAUCAUUGGUGCUGCAGACUUGGUGCAGAUGCAAUCUGAGCUGCAUCCAAUGCUUUUUAAUGUGCUCACCUUACACCACCCCUAACCCUAACCCUCACAGUGACGUCACUAGCUCCAUUGAGUGCAUUGUGUUUGACAUUGCAUCUCUGAGCAAUGCAAUUUCAGCUUGCAUCAUAAAGGCUGCAUCCAGAUACUAUUGGCUUUUUUGGGGUUAUUUGUAACCUUUAUUGGGUUUUUUAUUAGUAACCUGAACAGUUGGGUUAAAUAUUUGGUGCUUUGCUGGGUUAAUUUUAGCCUUUGUUUGGUUAUUUAUUUAAUAACUCAACCAGUUGGGUCAAACAUGUAGAAUUUCAACAGUCAACUGAUUUACCUGACACAGAACAGUUGUAUUAAAUGCGUAAGUAAUGUUGUUUUUGCAUUCUAAAGUUUAUUUAAGGUCUAACCAGGGGCGGAUUUAACCAAUAAGCAAAUGAAGCGGCCGCUUAGGCCCCUAAUAAAUGUCUAGAAGUAUAAAUUAUACCUAUAAACUAUAUAUAACAUCAUUUUCUAACAUAUUUUGUAUGGUGAGAGUUAAACAAAUACAAUUUUAAUGUAAUUUAAUAUUAUUUAAUAUACAAUCAAAUAUAAUAUUAUUAUAAUAAUAAUGUCAUUUUAUGUAAUAAUAAUAUUACAAAAUAAAAUAUCCAUCAUGGGGCAGUCCAGCAAUCAAAUUUAUUUUUUAAAUUAUAUAUGUAUUAUUUUUAGCUGUAAAUUCAUUUUAAGAAAACAAAUCAUUUAAAAUGUAGAGCUUGCAUAAAUUUGAAAUGUCCAUAAGAAAAUUGAGUGAUAUAAAAAAAACAUGAAUAUAAAUAAAUAUUAAAUAAAAUUAGAGAGUGUGCAUUUCAGAACCCUUUGACUCGAAUUGCUUAGGGCCCCAAAUCACAAAAUCCGCCCCUGGGUCUGACGAGAUAAAAUCAGCCUGAUCUCACGAGAAAACUUAAGUAUUUGACGAAUUAGCCACUAAAUCAAAAAGUUACGAAUUGCCGUGAGAUUGCGUUGAUAAAAUUGUUGUUAUUUUUUUAAUCAAACUGCCUCUCCGUGGCGUGUUUUUUAUAUCCGUUUUUCCAGAACUCUUAAUUUGAUGAUACAAAUGCGCGCCUCAUAGUCAAUCUAUAUAUGAAUAAAAACGCUUUCUCUACCUACAUGUCCAUA